CCUGCGCCCUUCCCCAUCAGAAUCAGACGAUUUGCAGUUUUCGUUCUUUUCGUCCUCCCGUCUGGUGCGGACGUCGAUUAGAGACGACGACGCCGACGCUGCUGCUACUAUUGCUUCCGUUUCCGUCCCCUCGCGCUCUCAGUUAGUUAGCCUAGGACACUGAGGGCGGUUCAGAAGGGUUAGAGGAAACGAGAGGAAAAGUGCAUCCCGUGUGCAGGUCGGGGGCGGCGGUGGCGGCGAAGGCCCCUCCUAUAGGAAAUAAUCGAAACCAACAAAGUGACGCGACUGUUUGUGUGCAUUAAGUUCUGCUGCUUUCGUCAGAAUGGAUCGAAUUCAUUCAGUUUCAGUCAGACGUCGACGCCGUUGAGUCGAGCCGUCCACGACGACGACCACGACGAAGACGUUUCCGAAAAACCGAAACGGAAACGACGACUCCAGAUGAGAUCGUACCAGACGAAGCCCCUUUGAAGUCAGAUGAAUGUUGCCAGUGGCGGCGUGUGAUGGGGGAUGGACAAUGAACAGCCCCACCAGGAGCUCGUGAAGUGUGUGGUGGUGGGCGACACGGCAGUAGGGAAGACGCGUCUGAUAUGCGCGAGGGCAUGCAACAAGCAGGUGUCUUUGGGGCAGCUUCUGUCGACGCACGUGCCGACGGUGUGGGCGAUAGACCAGUACAGGAUAUACAAGGAUGUGCUGGAGAGGAGCUGGGAGGUGGUGGACAGCGUCUCCGUGUCGCUGCGUCUGUGGGACACCUUCGGGGACCACGAGAAGGACCGGAGGUUCGCGUACGGCCGUUCCGAUGUGGUGCUGCUGUGCUUCAGCAUCAACAAUCCGGUAUCGCUGAGGAACUGCCGCCUCAUGUGGUACCCGGAGAUCAGACGCUUCUGUCCGAGCACUCCAGUCAUCCUGGUGGGCUGCAAGAACGAUCUUCGCUACAUGUAUCGUGAUGAGGCCUAUCUGAGCUACUUCCGAGACAAGAGUCCUUUCGUGCGGGCGACGAGGAAGAGCGAUUUGGUGAUGCCCGAUGAAGCUAGGGACGUCGCCAGAGAGCUGGGCUUGAACUACUACGAAACAUCAGUGCUCACCUAUUACGGUGUGAACGAGGUGUUCGAGAACGCUAUACGAGCAGCGUUGAUGGCGCGCAGACAGCAACGCUUCUGGAUGACCAAUCUGAAGAAGGUGCAAAGGCCUUUGUUACAAGCACCGUUCAAACCGCCUCCACCACCGAAACCAGAAGUUCUAGAACCUUCGAGCACCUUCAUCGAGAAUACAAGACAACUGUGGUUGGACAGGGCUCACGCUGAUGUCCUUCUGGUCUCCGGUCCAGUAGGAUUUCCUGCUCACCGCUUCGUCCUUGCUGCAGCCAGCCCGGCUCUCUAUCGUCUCCUCACUGCAGAUCUCAUGGCUCGAAGCACUUCCGACUCGAGCAUGGUCAGCUCUUUGGGGGAAUUCGCUGAUGACACCGAGUGUCUGGUCAGAGCUGAGCAGAAGAUGUGCAAGAGACGCGCCAGUUGUCAAGCUUUACCAUCGUCAGGACGAGAUCUGGAUCCAGCAUUCCACUCCGUCAAGACGGUAGAUGGUCAAACGGUUAUCACCUUCAGCCGUUUGGUCAGCCCUGGAGCUUUGCAACUCUGCCUACAGUUCAUGUACACAGGAUCACUAGAUAGACGAGGAGUAGAUAUACAGGAACUGCGAAGAGCUGCUGAACUUCUGGAGCUGCCACAUCUGGGUCCACUGCUGUCCAACGAAUAUCCACCGGAGAGUCACGAGCAGCACCUGAAGCGACGGAUGCAGGACGUGUGCCUGGAUCAAGGUCUCUUCGCCGACGUGAUCUUCGAGCUGGACGACGGAGGUUGCGCAGCGCACAAGCCGAUGCUGGCAUGCAGAUGCGACAUGAUGAAGGCCAUGUUCAGCGGCGACUUCCGCGAGGGCCAGGCGAAAGUCAUAGAGUUCCCGGGCGUCCGGGAGUACACCUUCCACAAGCUGCUGUGCUUCCUCUACACCGACGAAGUUCCAGCGGUCGUCGCCUCCAGGUGCGUGAACCUGCUGGAGCUCGCGAACAGACUAUGCCUUCCCAGGCUGGUGGCGCUCGUCGAGAGGCGCGUCAUCGAAGACCUGGAACGACUGCCAUCCAACGAAGCCAUCGAACAGUGUUUGAGGCUUCUGGAACCCGUGAAGCUGCAUAACGCGCAUCAGCUGGCCGACUUCUGCAUGAACCAUCUGUGCAUCAAUUACAACAAGCUGUGCAGGAUGUCGCCCCGGAGUCUUCGACUCUUGCAUCCGGAUAAUCAGGCUUACCUCGUCGAGCAUCGAUGGCCUCCCGUUUGGUAUCUGAAAGACUAUGAUUAUUAUCAAAAGUGCUUGGUCGAGAGGGACAGGGAACUCAAACCCACUCUGAAGACCUCCUCCGGGUGCCUAUGUUUCGCGAGGAAAAGUGAAUCUGAUCCCGCGCUGUCCACUUCUACCGACAAACUGUGAUUUACACUCAUAUAUAUAUAUAAUUUUAUUAUUAUUAUUACUACUACUAUUAUUACUACAUGCGAACAGAAGAGAAGAUAUUACUCCCACUCCAUUUUAUUUCUCAUACUUUUAACGCCUAUCUCUUUCUCUCUAUAUAUAUAUCUCUCUCUAUCUCUUUCUCUCUACCUAAUAUAUACCUACAAAAUAUAUAAAAAUUAAUACACGAACACAUACCACAUAGUCCAACGUCAAUUAUGUCAGUUCAAUAACAAAUUUAGACACAAUCAUGAUCAAAACAGAUACAAUAAUUUACAAGGUAACAUCAAACAAUAUCCAUUUUUAACAAACAUUUAUGUAUUUCCAAUUCUAUUACAUAAGUUGUCUAUAAAAAAAAAUCUCACUAAGCGGCAUUUGUCAAGUAACUUCUACUUGUUACAAGUAUUUUCAAUAAUCAAACGUACAUCCCAUCUAUACUUGCCAAGCACAAAGAUUUUUACUAUAAUGAAAACAUGACUAAUUAAAAUGAAUGUUACUAAACGAAAACGUCGUAACUUGACAAGUAAUUUGACUCAAUUAGACAUCUUGUCAAUUUUCUGCAAGUGCUUGUUACUCGGCAAGUAUCGCGUAGUGAGCAGUUUAAAGUCAAUUUAUAAGAAUAUACGAAAUAAACACCUUGUAAAAUAUUAUAUCUCGUUGAAGACAUGCACUUUCGUAUUUUUACUAAGAAAACAAGAAGGCUUCAAUUAAAACUACAAAUUAAACAAACAAACACGAAAAAAAAUGUCCCCUAAACAAACAAAAAUAAUUAUUAUAACGAGCUUACGACAUUUUCCCUCCCUGUGCACGCCUAUCACAAAAAAAAAACAAACGACAUAAUUGACGUUCAACUAAGUCAUUUUUUUUUGUUUAUAUAAUCUAGCAAACAUUGAUUAAUAUUUUGUACAUUUUGUCCACCACUUUCUUUCACUUUUAGUAUAAUCAUUUGGAAAAAAAAACAAAAAUAUAUAUUCAUAUAAAUUAGCGUAGGCGUAUUCGAGGAAGAUGAUUCUUUCGUACAUUAAAGAAUGAGAACAAGAAAAAAA